AUGUCAACCCCUCGGCUAACAACACGAGCACCGAUAUUUGAUAGUCUGACGCUCAUCGUCACCACAUCGCCAACACCCUCCGCACCCUCUACUGAGCUUCUAGACGCGGUAUUCCAAUCUAUCCGCCUCUGCUGCGACGACCUGCUGGCAUGUCGCAUCAUCGUCGUCCUUGACACAUUUGAGCGCGUUGGCGAGGUCGCUAGGUUGAAGAAAGGCCAAGUCACGGAAGAAGGAGCGGCGGCGUAUCUCAGAUACAAGGAGAACGUCAAAGAUCUGGUGUUGAGAGUAUAUGGCCAACCCGACAGCAAGGAUGAGUUAACCCAAGAGCAAGGGGAAGCCGAGUAUGGCUACAGUGGCCGAGCGGCAUCCGUCACGACAAACUUUGCAACUUACACGGUGAGCCGGACGAAAGACGGACGGGUUUCCUUCGUGGAGCCGUCGGAGAGGUUGGGGUUCGGGUUAGCUGUGCGGACGGCUCUGAGGAUAACGACAACGCCCUACGUUUGGAUCCAUCAGCACGACUGGACAAUUGUCUACGACAUCCCUGUGGCGCCGAUUCUGGAUGUCAUGGAGACCAACGACAGGGAUGAAGAGGGCCCCGUGAAGUACAUCUGCCUACCAUCGGUCCGGAUGCUGCACGUCCACGCAGCACUAUUUGUCCAGGGUGUUCCCGACAAGAUUGGCGAUACCGAGAGGCGCCUUCAUCGAGGACACGAUCGGACACCGCGCGAGGACGCAGAUGAAGGAGCAGGGUAUGUGGUCUCGAUGGGGCUGUUGGCUGUUCUAUCCCGGUCAAGGAAAGCAGCUAUGCCUUAG